AUGCCCGGUCGCACCCUUCCGACGAUUCCGACCGCCGAGGUGCGCAAGCACAACAAUGAGAAGUCCUGCUACGUUACCAUUGGUACCAAGGUUUACGAUGUCACCGACUUCCUUGAAGGCCAUCCCGGUGGCCCCGAGUUCAUCCUCGAGUACGCGGGCAAGGACGUAGAGGCAAUCCUAAAGGACGAGAUCUCGCACACACAUUCCGACUCGGCCUACGAGAUCCUUGAAGAGAGCCUUGUGGGCUUCAUGGCUACUGAGCCCGUUCUGAAUGGCGCAGUGAAGAGCUCGAACCCUGCAGAUAUCGUGCCUCUGCCACCUACAGAGGUGGGCACACUAGAGCUCAAGGGCAUGUCACAAGACGGCAAGCCGCUGUACGCCGCAACCGGCAUGUCGUCUGCGGAAGAUUUGUCCAAAGAAACCGACCCGACUCUGGACUACAGGCAGCACAAGUUCCUGGAUCUCAACAAGCCGCUUUUGAUGCAGGUCUUCUUCGGUGGAUUCAGCAAAGACUUUUACCUGGAGCAAGUGCACCGGCCGCGCCACUACAAGGGAGGUGACUCUGCGCCAUUGUUUGGUAACUUCUUGGAGCCGCUUAGCAAGACACCAUGGUGGAUUGUACCAACGCUGUGGUGGCCUUGUGUUGCGGUUGGGACAGCGGUAGCGUUCGGUGGAUUAUCGUCUGCCAUGGAACUGGCUGGAUACUGGGCUUUCGGACUGGGUUUCUGGACUAUCAUUGAAUACGUCCUACACAGGUGUUUGUUCCAUUUGGAUGAUCACCUUCCUGAUAACCGCGUCGCCAUUACCCUCCACUUUCUUCUUCACGGGAUUCACCAUUACCUUCCCAUGGACAAGUACAGGCUCGUCAUGCCACCUACACUCUUCGUUGUCCUUGCAGCACCUUUCUGGAAAUUCGCACAUGCUGUCAUCUUUUGGAACUGGUAUGCCGCUUUGGCUGCCUACUGUGGUGGUAUCUUCGGAUACACCUGCUACGAUAUGACACACUACUUCCUUCACCACCAGAAGCUUCCUCCUUACUACCAGCAACUGAAGAAGUACCACCUUGCGCAUCACUUCGCAGACUACCAGAACGGUUUCGGUGUCACUAGCCGUUUCUGGGACCGCAUCUUCGGUACCGAGCUUGAGAUGGGACCUUCCAAGGUCAUCAAGUCCACCUAA